AUGGCCGAUCCAAAUCUCUACACGUAUGCGUCUCCUCUGAAAGGCUACGAAGGCCUCGAGCCACUAUCAAAUGAAAGGGCUGAGGACGGGAAAUCCUACGUAAACCCACCAAUCGAGAAGAAGAGCGAAGCAUACAAGUCCUUUGUAGCUCCUAUAACGAACGGCAUUCGAGGAGGCUUCGAGUCAUCUGAUAAAGAGGAAGUGAAGUUCGCCAACGAGCUGUGGGAACGGAUACGCCGCGAAUUCCCCGAAUUGCGCAUUUACCGAGUAUGGGACCGGCCUAUUGGACCCCAUCCUCUCGCCAUGUUUGAAGUCAACAUCUUCACGCCCGAGCAAUUCGGUGCUUUCAUUCCGUGGCUCGUGAUCAACAGGGGGCCAUUGUCUGCACUAAUUCACCCAAACACCGACGAUGAGUUGAGAGACCACACGCAAAGAGCGACCUGGAUGGGGCAACCACUGCCUGUGAGCACAAAGAUGUUCAAGAAGACGGCCGAGACAUUGUGA